CUCUCUCUUCCUCUGCGGCCAAAACCAAGAAGAGAAAUCCUCAGAGACAGUCGCAUCAUCUCUCUCCCCAACUCCUCCUCGUGCGGCCGUUCGUCGGUGACGGGACGCCCCAGCGUCGGGCCGCAGAUAGGCUGAGCAACGACGUGAACCGACGCCGACGCGUGCUUUCGUGACGCGGCCUGAGCAUUUUCCUUUUCCGUCUCGGCAUGCAUUAAACGGCCGGCCCCGACUCCCAACGGACGAAGGAAAUGUCCGCCAGCUCCGACCGCUACUGUUCCUUACUGAAGCUCUGCUUCCACACCCGCAAUGUGAACCAAGCGAAGAGGCUUCACUGUCUCAUCAUCAAGACCUUGACCCGUCCCGAGACCAUCCUGUACAACACCCUCGUCGACGCCUACGCUAAACUCGGCAGUCUAAAGCACGCGCGCCACGUGUUCGACCGUAUUCCGCAGCCGAACCUCUUCUCCUGGAACACCCUCCUUUCUGCGUAUGCGAAAUCGGGGGACAUCACCAGGGCGCGGGAGAUAUUUGAAUCGAUGCCGAACAGGGAUGGAGUGUCGUGGAACUGUCUCAUUUCGGGGUAUGCGAACAGAGGGUUGGUGAUUGAGUCGGUGAAGGCCUAUAAUGAGAUGUUGAGAGAUGGGAGCGCGAACUUGAACAGGAUCACGCUCUCAACGAUGCUCAUAUUGUCUUCAAGUAAAAAUCGUGUGGAUUUGGGUCGGCAGAUACACUGCCAUGUGAUAAAGUUCGGAUUUUGGGCGUAUGUUUUCGUGGGUAGCCCUUUGGUGGACAUGUACUCGAAAGCGGGAUUGAUUCACGAUGCAAAGAGGGUUUUUGAUGGCAUUCCUGAGAAGAAUAUAGUAAUGUAUAAUACAGUGAUGACAGGGCUUUUGAGAUGUGGGAUGGUUGAGGAGUCUGAGCGCAUAUUUUGUGGAAUGAAGGAAAGAGAUUCGAUCUCAUGGACGACAAUGAUUACAGGAUAUAUUCAGAAUGGUUUAGAAAGAGAAGCAAUCAAAUGGUUCAGAAAGAUGAGUUUUGAAGGCUUGGCAAUUGAUCAGUUUACUUUUGGGAGUGUGCUAACUGCCUGUGGGAGUCUGGUGGCUUUGGAAGAAGGGAGGCAAAUUCACGCAUAUGCAAUCAGGACCAAUUACACCGACAUUGUCUUUGUAGGUAGUGCUCUUGUUGACAUGUACUGCAAGUGUAAAAAGAUCACAUAUGCUGAAAAAGUAUUUAGAAAAAUGACCAUUAAGAAUGUUAUAUCAUGGACAGCAAUGCUUGUGGGGUAUGGUCAGAAUGGGCUGAGUGAGGAUGCUGUCAAGGUUUUCUGUGAUAUGCAGAAAAAUGGCAUUGAACCCGAUGAGUUCACACUCGGGAGUGUGAUUAGCUCAUGCGCAAACCUAGCAAGCGUAGAAGAGGGUGCACAGUUUCAUUGUAGAGCCUUGGUUUCUGGCUUUAUUUCAUUUUUGACAGUUUCAAAUGCUCUCAUCACCUUGUACGGUAAAUGUGGAAGCAUAGAGGACUCUGAUCGGCUGUUCAAUGAGAUGAGAAUUAGGGAUGAGGUUUCCUGGACAGCACUGUCAUGUUAUGCUCAGUUUGGCAAAGCUAAGGAGACCAUAGAUUUGUUUGAGAAGAUGUUGGCCCAGGGAUUGAAACUAGAUGCUGUCACUUUCAUUGGCGUUCUUUCAGCGUGCAGUAGAGCAGGAUUAGUUGAGAAAGGACAAAAAUAUUUUGAAUCGAUGGUCAAAGAUUACAGAAUUACCCCAAUCGCUGAUCACUAUACUUGCAUGAUUGAUCUUUUUAGCCGAUCAGGAAGGUUAGAAGAAGCCAAAAAUUUUAUACACAACAUGCCCUUCCCUCCUGAUGCAAUUGGUUGGGCACAGCUGCUGAGCUCAUGUAGACUUCAUGGUAAUAUGGAAAUUGGGAAAUGGGCAGCUGAUUCACUGUUAGAAUUGGAGCCACAGAACCCAGCAAGCUAUGUUUUGCUCACAAAUAUCUAUGCAGCAAGAGGGAAGUGGGACUUUGUGGCCCAACUAAGGCGGGAUAUGAGAGAUAGAUCAAUAAAAAAGGAACCAGGAUGUAGUUGGAUCAAGUACAAGAACAGAGUACAUAUCUUUUCAGCUGAUGAUCAAUCAAGUCCUCAUUCAGAACUUAUAAGUGCUGAGCUGGACAAGUUGACUGCUAGAAUCAUAGAAGACGGAUAUGUGCCAGACAUGAGCCCAGUUCUCCAUGAUGUGGAGGAGUCAAAGAAACUGAAGAUGCUAAAUCGCCAUAGUGAAAGGCUUGCAAUUGCUUUCGGAUUAAUAUAUAUUCCUUCAGGCCUCCCAAUACGGAUUUUUAAGAAUCUUAGGGUUUGUGGAGAUUGCCACAAUGCAACAAAAUACAUAUCUAAAGUCACUCGAAGAGAAAUAAUCGUGAGAGAUGCGGUUCGUUUCCAUAUUUUUAGGGAUGGAACAUGUUCAUGCGGAGAUUUUUGGUGAUAUCUUCUCGGUAUGAUAUCUUUUCAAGGGGAUGAGAUUACCUUUCAGGUUACCAUAAGUGACAGAGGUUUUGUUUGAUAUGGAUAAAAAGGUUACUAAAGCAUUUAGCUUCUUCAGCAUCAUCUUCGUAGCUUUUAAAAGCUAUCACGCCAAGGGCAGUGAGUAUUUCCUGAGAAAAUUUUCAGGGUUUCAUGCCAAAGUUGGGUUAAUCUGCAAGAUCCUCGCGAAGUACUUGAUCCCAGUAAACCGAGGUGACCUUUUGUGGGAAAGGAAACCCUGAUAAUGCUCAUUAAUCUUGAUUUGGUGAGGAAGUGCAUAAAUUAUAGAAAGCUCUUUGUUUUAUCAGGAGGUGUGCUGAGAAAGAGGAAAGAAAUGUUUUCUUCAAUCAGAGUUUUUGGCUAGUUCUUGCUCUCUCAGGACAUGGAGAAUAUGGAUAUACAACAUGGACCCAGAUGUGCCUCAAACUCCUUAAGGAUGUUAAAAGCUGACCUAGACAUCAGUUUGAAGCGAUAUCUGCUUAAUCUGUGGCAAUUUAUUUCCAUGUCACUGGAAACACUUAAGCCACAGAAGUAGGGGGAUGUUUGGUGGGAAGCCUUCAUGUUUGGAGUUUCUCUUCUUUGUCCAAGGAUUAGAAUGAUUGCAGAGACAAUAACAGUGAGACAUUGAGGCAGGUUACCGCUUCCAUGUGAGAGGAAUGUACAGCAGAAAUACACUCAGUAACUCCCGCAAAGAUGAUCACCUAUCAGUAUCACAACUACCACAGUUUUGGGUAACUCUUCUUCUGGCGCACCAAGCAAUGGUGACACCAAAGGCCAGCGGUUUGUCUCACUAUUGAGUUCUGGGAGAGUCCUGGUUAAGUUCUUUAUUUGUUUAUGAAACAAGCACAAAUGAAACAGCACACGUGAUAUAGAUGAAUAAAAGUGAACAAUAAGAGAUAAAAUGUGUUGUUGACUUUCUUGACCAGUGAUUUUAACUUGUGCUUGCUGUUCUAUUGUAUCAAACAUGGUAGAUUAGCAGUAUCGCUAAACUCCCUUGCAGAUUACCAGUUGGAUAUGUUAGUUUCACUCUAUGGUGCACUUACAUUCACUUUCUGUGAGUUGGAACAUGGUUUGCAUUGCUUAGUCUGGAGAUGGAUUAAUACACUGAUGCUGCAGCUGACUUGUGCUGUCUAAAUACAGCUACAUCUGAAUUAGUUUUUAUCAACCCUUGCGGUGGUGGCUAUGAAUGAAUGCUAAUCUUGCUGAAUCCGUUGAGAUCUUGCGGCCCCAAAUUCUUGGAAGGAGCUGAUAAUUCGUUGGAGUCACAAUGGGAUGUUGGAGGGGGUGUGGUUUUGAAUGAUCUGGUUCCAAUGCUCCCACAAACACCAAUAAGUUACUACGACCAUAGUAGGAAAAUCGACGGGCAGAAAAACAUUUGCCCAAUAUAGUAAUUCAGACUGGAUAAGUUUCUCACAAAUACCAUCAUACUGCAAUAUUUUGAAGCGAAGACACCAAGAUAAUGUACCCCACGUGCCUUUUCUUGAUAUAUGCAAUACAUUGUUGGAUCCUAAUUAGCCACUUUCCAUAUUGAACCAUGAAGAGUUUGGAGAUCCUCUGCCACAAUUUUAGUCCAUCAUGAGUUAUGCGCCUUAUGAUGACAUUUGCGAAGGGGGAUGUCCUCUGUCAACCCUCUCCUCGUCAGCUCUUAUUUCUUUUAUUUGUAUUUGAUUGUUUCAUUUGUGUGAUUUAUUUCUCUUUUAGGAAAAGCUUUCACCUGAGUAUGUUCUUACUGGUAUAACUUCUCUAGCUAACACGUUUUGAUGUUCUGUGUAUGCAUGAAUUUUUUUUUAUUCUAACAAGUUUUAUUGUGUGGUAGUCUGUAAUCCUAUGGGACUCUGGUAGUGACUCCCAAGUGAAAUGAGUUCACGAAAAUGAUGUGCUCAUUUUCCAGAUUUGAAAAUUUAUCUUUUGUUGAUCUAGGAAACUGGUCACUUGUUCAUCUAUUUUCCUGCAGUUACUUUAGCUAGGAAACCCUUAAUUCCUUGUUAAUUGAAGUCUAUUCAUUCGAUUAAUUGAUUGUUACAACGCAGAUGGUUCUAUAUGUGAAGAUGCCCGGGAAUUCUAGUCCCUUCCCUGAGCUUCAGUAUGAAGGGCUGCUUGAUAUGCAGUCACCUGGAACUUAUAAGCAGUUGCCUGCCCUUCGUGUACUGGGAGUAGGCUUGCCAUCUAUGAAUAUGCUUAUCGAAGUUUCAAAGCCUGUUGUCUUUAAGUUUUAAUUUCUAUGCGAGAUUACAGGCCUCAAAUCUUGGACCUGUUCUUGAUCUGAACUCUGUUCCGAGUCUGUUACAAAUUUUACACAGUUACAUGCUGAGUCCUACAUGUUCUAUGCACCCAUCAACUUUUGGCCUGGGAAGCAUUUGCAACCCUUAAGGCUGUUUUGUUCUUACGCCUUCUCACUUUAAUUUUGCACUUUGUUAUCCAA